CGCAGGUUGCCAUGGUGACGCAGAGGCCGUAUCCACGCGUCCAGGGAAAGCUGGUCAGGUCGCUGGGUGCCUCCGUUCCCCCUGUCCAGGCUGCUGCCGCGCCGUGGCGAGGCAGAGGGCGUGGGACGCGGGUCCCCACCAUCGCACAGGAGCUAGGGAUGCUGUUUUUCCACAUAUGAGAAAAUCAACCCAGAUAUGGAAAACUUUAUCCUGUAUGAGGAGAUUGGCAGAGGAAGCAAGACCGUCGUGUAUAAGGGGCGUCGGAAGGGCACCAUCAAUUUCGUAGCCAUUCUUUGUACUGAAAAGUGCAAACGGCCUGAAAUGACCAACUGGGUCCGUCUCACCCACGAAAUCAAACACAAGAACAUUGUGACGUUCCAUGAAUGGUACGAGACCAGCAAUCACCUCUGGAUGGUGGUGGAGCUGUGCACAGGUGGUUCUUUAGAAACUGUGAUUGCUCAGGACGAGAACCUUCCAGAAGAUAUCGUGAGAGAGUUUGGGGUGGAUUUGGUCACAGGGCUGCACCAUCUGCACCGGCUUGGCAUCCUCUUUUGUGACCUUACUCCUGGGAAGAUACUCUUGGAAGGGCCUGGCACACUGAAGUUCAGCAAUUUCUGCCUGGCGAGGGUGGAAGGAGAGAGUCUGGAGGAGUUCUUUGCUUUGGUGGCCGCAGAAGAAGGAGGUGGUGACAAUGGAGAAAACACGCUGAAGAAGAGCAUGAAAAACCGCGUCAGAGGCUCCCCAAUAUAUGCGGCACCGGAAAUCAUGAAGGGAACAGACUUUUCUGUCGCCAGUGACCUCUGGUCUUUGGGCUGUCUGCUUUAUGAAAUGUUCUCAGGCAAGCCUCCAUUCUUCUCAGAAACCGUGUCAGAGUUAAUUGAGAAGAUUCUGUAUGAAGACCCAUUGCCGCCGGUCCCAAAGGAUUCUUCAUUCCCCAAAGCAUCCUCAGAUUUCAUUAAUUUGCUGGAUGGAUUACUACAGAAGGAUCCUCAGAAAAGGUUAUCGUGGGAGGGAGUCCUGCAGCACCCCUUCUGGAAGGACGCCCUGCGGAGAGAAGACUCGGUCUCGGCCUCGGCCUCGGCCUCCGAGGACUGCAUCUUCAGCAGCAGAAAUGUCAUGGAAUGUUCUGGACCUCAGGAUUCCAGGGAGCUUUUGCAAAGCCCUCAGAAUGGACCAGGGAAAGGGCAGAAGGCGGCUCCUCGGCUCAGCCUGUCUUUCAGGCUAGACAAUCCGACUGAGCUGAGGCCCAAGAGUGCCACAGGGGGCCAGCUGAAUGAAUCCAUAUUUCUCCUCAGUUCACGGCCCACUCCAAGGACUAGUGCCAUGGUGGGAUUAAGUCCCGGAGAGGGUGAGGACAGCAGCUCGCCACAGACCUCUCCUUUAUCCAAGAUGACAUGUGGGCAUCUGAGCCAGGGGGCCCUGGAGUCACAGAUGAGAGAGCUGAUCUACACGGACUCGGAUCUUGUGAUUACCCCAAUUAUCGACAACCCCAAGAUAAUGAAACAACCUGCAAUCAAGUUUGAUCCAAAAAUCUUGCACCUGCCGGCAUAUUCUGUGGAUAAGUUGCUGGUUCUGAAGGACCAAGACUGGAAUGAUUUCCUGCAGCAAGUGUGCUCCCAGAUCGACUCCAGCGAGAAGAGCACAGGGGUGUCACGGGCCAAGCUGAACCUCCUGUGCUAUCUGUGUGUGGUGGCUACUCACAAGGAGGUGGCCACCAGGCUGCUCCACUCCCCACUGUUCCAGUUGCUAAUCCAGCAUUUGCGAAUAGCUCCAAACUGGGAUAUACGGUCCAAGGUUGCUCGCGUCAUCGGCUUGCUGGCCUCGCACACAACAGAACUUCAGGAAAAUGUGCCCGUUAUCGAGGCCAUCACGCUCUUAACGGAAUUAAUCCGUGAGAACUUCAGGAGCAGCAAGCUGAAGCAGUGCCUCCUGCCCAGCCUUGGGCAGCUCAUCUACCUCGUAGCAACCCAGGAAGAAAAGAAACAGCACUCCAGGGACUGCUGGGCUGUCCCCUUGGCUGCCUACACUGUGCUUAUGAGGUGCCUCCGGGAAGGGGAAGAACGUGUUGUCAAUCACAUGGCUGCGAAGAUCAUUGAGAAUGUUUGCACAACACUUUCUGCCCAGGCGCAGGGCUUCAUCACCGGGGAAGUCGGGCCUGUCCUGUGGCACCUGUUCAGACACUCCACCGUGGACUCCCUGAGGAUAACCGCAAUAUCGGCCCUGUGCAGAAUCACACGCCAGUCUCCUGCGGCCUUCCAGAACGUCAUCGAGAAGGUGGGCCUCAAUGCUGUCAUCAGCUCCCUGGCCUCUGCCAUCUGCAAAGUGCAGCAGUACAUGCUGACCCUCUUCACGGCCAUGCUGUCCUGUGGGAUUCAUCUCCAGCGGCUGAUCCAAGAAAAGGACUUCGUGUCCACGGUCAUCCGUCUACUUGACAGUCCAUCCGCUGCCAUCAGAGCCAAAGCCUUCCUGGUACUGCUUCACGUCCUGAUUCACAACCGAGACAUGCUGCUGCUGAGCUGCCAAGCGAGGCUGGUGAUGUACAUCGAGAGAGACAGCAGAAAGACCUCCCCGGGCAAGGAGCUGCAGGGUGGGAGCGAGUACCUGGCCAGGUGCCUGGAUCUCCUCAUCCAGCACAUGGUACAGGAGCCACCCCGGAUCCUAGGCGACAUUCUCAACGCCCUGGCAAAUGUGUCUGGCCGAAAGCACCCAUCGACGGUCCAGGGGAAGCAGCUGAAGAUGUGCCUUCCCAUGAUGCCUGUGGUGCUCCACCUGGUCAUGUCUCAGGUGUUCCGGCCUCACGUGGUGACAGAGGAGUUCCUGUUCAGCUACGGGACUGUUCUUAGUCACAUUAAGUCAGUUGACUUGGGAGAAACGAACUUAGAUGGAGCCAUAGGGAUGGUGGCUUCGGAGGAAUUCAUCAAGAUCACCUUGUCGGCAUUCGAAGCAGUGAUACAGUACCCCGUUCUGCUGGCCGACUACCGCUCAACGGUCAUCGAUUACAUUCUGCCACCCUUGGUCUCCUUGGUUCAAAGUCAGAAUGUGGAGUGGAGACUCUUCAGCCUGCGGUUGCUCUCCGAGACUACAACCCUGCUGGUGAGCCAGGAGCCGGAGGAUGGGGACGAAGAGGCCAGCUGUGACUCCAACAACAGUCUUCUGGUGCUCCUCAGGGACGAGCUGCUCCCCCAGUAUGAGCACAUCCUCCUGGAGCCUGACCCAGUUCCGGCCUAUGCUCUGAAGCUGCUCGUCGCCAUGACGGAACACAACCCGGCUUUCACCAGGCUUGUGGAAGAAAGCAAACUGGUCCCGCUCAUUUUUGAAGUGAUUCUGGAGCAUCAGGAAAGCAUUCUGGGUAAUACCAUGCAGAGUGUGAUCGCAUUACUCAACAAUCUGGUUGCUUACAAAGACUCAAACAUGCAGCUGCUUUAUGAGCAAGGACUUGUUGGUCACGUCUGUAACAUGUUCACAGAAACUGCCACACUGUGCUUGGACAGUGACAAUAAGAACAACACAGAGCCAGCGGCCAUGCUGCUGACGUCACUGCUUGAUAUCCUGCUGGGCAUGCUGACGCACACCUCCAGCAUCGUCCGGCAGGCUCUGCAGGCCCAGAAGUCAGGCUCGAGAGGGGACACACAGGCUGCGGAGAACCUGCUGCUGCUCAGCAAACCGCUCACGGACCUCGUCAGCAUGCUCAUCCCGCUGCUUCCCAAUGAGGACCCUGAGAUCUCUGAGGUUUCAUCCAAGUGCCUGUCCAUCCUGGUGCAGCUGUAUGGAGGAGAGAACCCGGACAGCCUGUCCCCGGAAAACCUAGAGACCUUUGCUGACCUCCUGGUGACCAAGGAAGACCCAAAGGAUCAGAAGCUUCUGCUGCGGAUCCUCAGGAGGAUGCUCACCUCCAAUGAGAAGCACCUGGAAAGCCUCAAGAACACUGGCAGCCUCCUGCGGGCCCUGGAACACCUGGCUCCAGCUCACAGCUCGCCUGUUGAUAGCGCCGUGGCUUCCCUGGCCCUAGAACUCCUCCAAGCUGUUGGGCACUAGACCAGGCCACCCAGUGGCUCCCGUCAGUUGCACUGUGAGGUCAGAUCCCACACAUUCCUCCUUUCCACCAGCCUCAAGUGGAGCUAAUAAAAUCGCUGGGCCAUAACCUGAUGCCUCAAGUCCUCUCUGACUGGGAUGACUGUCCUGUCUUCCCUAUGCAGAGGCCAAGCGAGCCUUGCCUCAAGUGAGCCACAGACCUCUGCAAAGCAGACUUCUUUCUCUUAAGCCUCACCACUCUCUGGUGUUCUAUGGCCACUUCUUUUCCUUUUCAGGGACAUGACCCCAAGAAUUCUAGGGAGGCCUGGGUGAGACACAUCAAGUUCAGUGUGCGAGCAGGAGUGUGGAACACUGGAGUCUACCCAGCUAGAGGGGGUGGCAGUGUCAAGGCAGACUUGCUACCCCAACCCCCACCCCAUAACCUCAGACUUGACCAUUUCUGCCAAGUGCUAAGAGUCAAGUCUGGUGGACGCUGGGAGGAGGGUUGCCGUGUGGGGUGGGCCUGAGUCAGCACCGGAAGGUAGGGUGGGGCUUGGGCAGUUCCAAGCAGAUGAGCUGGCUGAGGCCUCUGGAACAGCUUUGGACCAGGUUGCUGGCCCAUUUGCUGCUCCAGGCUGCUUCUUUGGGGAAGGUGUGCACAGACGGACCAUCCCCAACAGCAGCUAGCCCGGGGGUCCUACAGUCAGUGGCCAGCAGCCCUGCUGUGACAUGAUCUGGGUAGCCUGCCAGCUCCAGCUAGCCUCAUGAUGAAAACACCAGCCGUUCUGGACCACAUCAAAGGCAGCCAUGCCAAUUACCUUUAGUCUCCACAGCCACCUGCAAAGGCCUCAGCUUCCUCAGCCAGACCCUCCUCUUGCCUACAAGGAUCCAUGGCAUGGCUGGAUUCAGGGUUGACUCCACUGCCCUGAGCAUCCCCAAGCAGGCCUUGGCUGGGGUGACAGACACGGAAGCACCAAGGACUUCAUACAGCUAGAGGUGGUGUGUCACCAGGCUAUGUGGUGUCACCAGGCUGUGGGCCAAGUGGUCCUGGCCUGGCUGCAUUAUGGACUCAAGUGGCUGGGCGCUCUAAGAGAGCAGGUCAUCUCUCCCCAUCCCUUUGUUCAGCGCUUGAGCUCUGGAAUCCUGCAGGGAACUGCUUCAAAGCGAUGGGUUAUUCCUCCUCCUCUGCCCUUUUCAGCAGCACACAGAGCAAUCUAAAACAGGAAGGCUUUAACAUUCCAGAACAUUCUGUUGAGUGGCUGGCUUACAGGCAAGGGGCCUGGUGGUGUGAAGCAGGGCUGCUGUCUUGCUAGAGGCUAGGCCAGCCAGGCCUUGCCCCUCCGCCACCACACACACACUUACAAAUUAAUGUUGGAGACCAAAGGCGUGCUGGUUGGGGGAGAAGGCAAAUACAACUGCUCCUUUGAGCUCCCCUUCAAGAGAGCAGACCUUCUCCCCUCUACCAACAGCCCCCAGCUCAAGCCUUAACACACAGCCAGAGAGUAGGUGCUGGUUGUACUGUCCCCCAGGAAACGCCAGGGGGUAAAGAUGGCCACAGCCAACCUGGAGGAUACCUAGAUAGCCGUAGUGGUCGGCCUAUAGGUGUCUGUUUCCUGCAUGAACUCACAGGGUAUUGGGCUAGCGGUUUCCUAUCCUCUAGUCCAGAAAGAGCUGCUCUGGUGGCUAUGGCUGCUGAACAAGGUGAGUGUAGGAUGUGGGUCUCCCCACUGGACGGCUCACAAGAUGCCCUUUACCACCUUCCCCAGGCACUGAAAAAUACAGCGUGCAAAUCAAUCUCCCUGCUAACCCGCCAUGGGUGCAGCCAGAGGCAGCCUAAGAAGGGACACUGCCCAGUUCCUGCUGUCAUUUGUUUCUGCAGGUGGGCAUGUUAGCCAUGAACGCCUUGUCCUCUGCUCCUCUAUCAGAAAAGAGUCCAUACUGGACUCUCUCCUACAGGAGAAUGGUCACUUGACGGCUUGCUUAGCUGCUGGGGUGGCUGUUGUUCAGCGCUCUUCUGGCCCUGCCCCACACAGACACAGGGCAGGCAGGCAGGCAGGGUUUCCACUGCUCAUGCAGACCUCCUCUUUGGAUACAAACAGUGCUGUUCCCAGGCUAAGUUGUGUGUGCCUCUCCUUUUUGAAAAACCACAUGUGCCCUUCCCAGUGCACACGUGGAGACCAGGCCACUACUUCUGAGGUCUGUUCUUGCCUCCCACCUCGUUACCUUAACCCAUAUAGACUCUACAGACCCCAACUGGCAUCUCGGUGAAGGAGGACUUCCUCACAGGGACCUCCUGUGGCUUGGAAUGCUGGCUAACAGGCACAGCCUUAAAACCCAGGAAUCCAAACAGCUCUCUCAGGCACAAAACAUUCUCUCUUUGUAGAGGACCAAACACAAGUCUUAACAGGUCUGUGUAAGAAACGUACAAAGCCUGCUUGUCAGACCCACCACCAGGACAGAUCUGGCAGGCCACACGGAAGGCAGCCCAUUCUGGUUCUGAUUAUGUUCAGAUAAACAUUAGCAUUUAAACGUAAUUACUGGUUCAAAGGAGUGGAAGGAUUGCCCUCUCCAAGUGAGCCAUACUCACAAAUCCAGGCAUUGCUUCGUUACCGCUCAGUGGGAUGACCCUGUCCAAAGGAGGGGCUUAUUCGGCUUCCAGCUUUAGUUGUUGCUCAGUGUAACCCCGAGACUAUCGUGGGCAGCACACUUAGGUUUCUGGGCAGGAGGGCGAGUUGAAGGAGUGCAAGCUCCACAGCAGUCCUUCCUUCACAGAAGCCCAGUCAGCCACAGUAGUCAAGGCUGAAACACGCACUUCCUUCCUCUGGACGCUGCUAAGGGAGGCUCCCAUGCAGACUCAGGCCUUCUCUACCCCGGCAACCUGGGCACCCCAAUGAUACCACUUCCUCAGGGCAAGCUGGGUGCCUUCAUUACCCUCACCGACCAUCUCAUGACAAACAAAUCAAAGUGACACAAGCGAAUGAAUUAAAAGUUUAAUUCUGAACCAUUUUUAUAACCAUUUUCUCUUGAAGCAUUGUAUCACAGCAGGUUACAACAACUUUGGGAUAAAAGGCAACUGGUAAACUGUCCAAAACAAGG